AUGGAAUUAAAGAAUCCUGGUGGAAAUAUUUUUUCCAACUUACAAGUUGUAAUCACUAUGUUUUGUUCCAUCAACAAUAAAUCAUCAACGCGCAAAAUUGUUGAGCAUAGAUCCUUGAAAAUUUUACUCAACUCGGCUAUAGGACUCCACACAUUAUUUGGAAGUGCACUAAAAGCUAGACAGAACAAUGCGAAGGUUCAUGAAGUUCAUGCUAAUAGCGCAGAAAACAAUGAGAAAAAGACAAAGACGACGACAACAACACCACCGAAAUCUUAUGUGCCCACAGAAAUGAUAACUAAGAUCCUUCUAAGUUUACCGGUGAAGUCUCUUAUUCGUUUCAAAUGUGUUUCAAAACCAUGGCUUUCUCUAAUUUCUGAUCCAAUGUUUGCUGAAUCACAUUUUCAACUUACAACACACACUCGUAAAAUUUGGUUCAUAUCAAAUGAUUUACAUCAAACAACAUCAAUAGAUUUCGAAGAACAACUUGACUUAGAGAUUGCUUCUAUUAAACGGUUCGGUUUUUUGCAUCCUCAAGCUAAUUCUCUUAUUCAAAUUAUAAGUUCAUGCAGAGGCUUUAUAUUUUUCUAUUAUUCUUCCAGUUUUUUCAUAAUGAAUCCAUGCACCAAAGUUCACAAACAAAUACCUUUAGCUCCGGAUGAAUUUGAAACAAAUUUAGAGUUAGGUUAUAUCUAUUAUCUAUAUGGUUUUGGAUAUGAUCAGUUAAGAGAUGAUUACUUGGUGGUCUCAUUGUCAUGUACUCUAGCCGAGGAAGAUAUUUCACGUUUGGAAUAUUUCUCAUUGAAAGAUAACAAAUGGAAGGAAAUCAAGAAUACUCACUUCCCUUAUACGCUCGACAAGAUUGACCCGAGAGUAGGAUCGCUCUAUAACGAUGUUAUUCAUUGGUUGGCUCUACAUUCUGGUUCGUUGAUGGAAGUUAAUAUUGAUUUAAGUGAAAGGAAACUUUUUGAGAUAUCCUUUCCAAAUGAUGUAGAGCAUAAAUGUGAUCAUUGCGAGUUGUGGAUAUUUGGGGAAUUUCUUAGUUUAUGGGCUACAGGUUGUGAAAAUAAAAGAAUUGAAAUAUGGGUUAUGAAAGAAUACAAAGAUCAUUUAUCUUGGAUUAAGACUAUUGUUCUCUCUAUUCACAUCUUACCUCCUCAUAAGUUUUCACCAAUAUGCUCUACAAAAAAUGGUGAUAUUAUUGGAACAGAUGGUGAGAAUAUAUUGCUUAGGUAUAACGAUAAAGGAGAGUCUAUAGAGGGUUCCUCAUACAGUUGCUUUCCAGAUAGUGCAGUUUCAAGUGAAUCCCUAUCGAUAGUGUAUACGGAUAGUGCGAGCUUAUGA